AUGACCAAUGAAUGCCCAAUCUGUAAAGGCAAUAUCUUGGUAACACAAAAAAGGAUUAAGUGUUCUAAAUGUCAAGCACAUUAUCACUUAGAAUGUGUUGCAUCGAAUAAUAACAGCAGCGUAAUAUCCCGAACACAGUGGAUCUGUACGGCUUGUGCCUCAAAUACUCGAAAAGGCAGCAAUAACUCAAAUACACCGAAAGAUAAGCAAAACUGUUUGGAAAAUAGUACACCGCAGGUACAGUCUACGUCACUGAUAUCGAAAGAGGUGAAAGAGAUAAUAACUAACUCUUUAAGCGUUGAAUUUAAAAAAAUUCGUGAAGAGUUAAGUGUUUUACAAAGCAUUAAGGAAUCCAUAGAUUAUUUCUCCAAUCUAUACGACAGUGUUAAGCAAGAAUUAGAGGAAGCGAAAAGUGAAAUUUUGAACUUAAAAAAGGACAAUUGUGAAUUAAGAGACAUUAUUAAUUCCCAUAGCAGUGUUAUAAACAGUCUGGAAAAGGAAGCAAGAGCAAGUAAUAUAGAAUUACACUGUGUACCUGAAUUUAGGAAUGAGAAUCUUGUAAACACAAUCGAACAAAUAAGCAAAGUAAUAAGUGUUCCUCUAAUUGAAGGUAGCAUCACUAAAUGUACAAGGGUUGCAAAACAAAAUAAAAGCUCAGCUCGUCCUCGCACAGUAAUAGUAAAGUUUUCAACUCCACUUAUACGUGAUCGAUUUUUGGCUGGUGUUAUCAACUAUAAUAAAAAGAACGCCGAGGACAAACUGAAUACAUCGCACCUUGGAAUAUCAGGGGAAAAGGCACCUGUUUUUGUGUCUGAGCAUCUAACUUCUGCAUCUAAGGACAUAUAUGCAGCAGCAAGACUCCUUGCCAAGGAAAAACAGUAUCGCUACGUUUGGUCACGUAACGAGACAUGGCUUAAUAGCAGUAUUAACAAUAACGAAUUUAUAGACGAAAGGUACGUGGUAUAUAGGCGGGAUCGUGAAUCUAGUAAUUCUUCAAAAAGUGAUGGUGGAGGCGUUCUAAUAGCUGUUUUAAAAAAAAUUAAAAGCUACAGGGUUACAUCUUGGGAGACUGCAUACGAGGAUCUAUGGGUAAACCUUACGAUUGAUUCGACAAUUAUUUCUAUUUGCGCGGUGUAUAUUCCAUCUCCGUUAAAAUAUGAAGUAUUAAAAACUUUUAUACAAAAUACAGAAAAACUAGUUAUUCAACAACCUACAACCCUAAUAAUUGGUGAUUUUAACAUACCAGCACUGCACUGGGUAUUGGACGGCUGGAGUGAGGCGCGGUACCUCGGCAAGCAGGUGGGCCCGCUGUCCGAGCUGCAGCACGGCGUGCGCGGGCGCGUGUACGCGGUCGACUCGCGCACGCUCUACCUGCACGACUUCCACUACGAUGGGGUGGGUCCUGCGGCAUACUUCUACGUGGGCUCAUCGAAAACUCCGAGUGCGUCAGGUGGGGUCCGGCUGCAGGAUGAGCGCGGAGGCGGCAGCCCGCUGCGAAAGUACCGAGGCGAGGGCAUCACGCUCUCGCUGCCUGAAGGCAAGACACUGCGCGACGUCACCUGGUUCGCUGUGUGGUGUGACGAAUACUCGAUAAACUUCGGUUCAGUGGAGAUCCCUCGGAAUCUGGAGUACCCCAAGCCUAUGAAAGUGGGGGCUCUGCAUGGCGUGCACGGCGUCUCCUCCGACCCCAUCGUCAUCGUCGAUGCACAGACACUACUUAUACCCAAUUUCUCGUAUGAUGGAGAAGCACCUGAUGCGAAGUUCUGGGUGGGCCGCGGCGACAAGCCGUCCCCGCAGGGCAUCCGCAUCCCCGACGAGAACGGCAAGGAAACACCUCUGCGCAAAUACGAUAAGAAGACUAUUGUACUUACUUUACCAGGAGAGCUGACAGUGUUCGACAUUGGGUAUUUCGCCAUAUGGUGUGAAGCAUUCACUGUGAACUUCGGUGACGUGCAGCUACCGCGCGCCACCUCCCUCAAUGUGCCGCCCAGUUUGAAGAUGCUGGGAGUUUCUCCACAGAGCCGCAACAAGGCGCUGGUAGGGGCCACAACGCCCUCCCGCCCCCGCAAGCUCCCUGCAAGCAUUCAGCGCCUAGACGCCACCACCUACCGCCCCCCGCACCUCCGCGCAGGACCCCCCGCGCCCCUCGACCAGCCCGAGGCGCACGCGCAGCACCGCCGGGACUAUACCCCGUCACACACUCCUGAACAACAACUCAUCCCCACUCAGUCCAAAGAUGACUUUGAAUUUAUACGUUCCGAGGAAAUUGAGCACAAGUUUCCCCAUGAAGAUGAGAUCCUUUUCCAAAUCAACCAACAGCAAAGUGUUGCUCGUCAGAAUUAUCAGCUUCAAAAUCAACAGCAAUACAGAGACCGUUCUACGGAGGAACUGCUUAAUCAACAGCGCCUCUUUGACCAGCAACGCCGAGCCUUGGAGCUUCAGUUACAGCAGUACCAGAACAUACCGUACAGUCCCGGGCCGCUGCACUACCGCCUCCUCCCACAGCAUCAGAAUCCUGUCGCCUCCCAUUACGAACGUGACCUUGACCCAAUUACCAGGUCUAGGCCGCAC